AUGGCAUCUCUAAUCAAUCCAACAGCAAUCCCCUCUAUCACUGACCUGCGAAAGGAACUCGAUUACGGUGACCAGCAGUCAUCAAGAUGUCAAGCCUUCUACGACAGCGUUCGGGUUUUCCGAAAGACAUUUAUUAGCAGUCAAGGAUGGGACGGUAGCUCUAUCCAUGACUGGAAAUCUAGAGAACAUCAAACCGCUCUAGGGGAGAUGGUUCGAUCAUAUCUCGAACUUCACGGAAAUGGAAGAGUAUUCUGGCCCGACGACAAUUCACAGAGCCGCGCCAACAAAUACAAGUAUUCAACUGAUGGUGCACGGAUCAAGAGAAUCAUGCGGCAGCUUUUCUGGCGAUUAAACAUUCAGCAACAUCGAAACAUCAAAUACAAGAAGAAUAAGGACAUGGCAGACGAAAUGAAGGCAAAAGGGCAGGCGAAAAGGGGACGAAGCCCCAGUCACGACCUCGGGAUAGAUACAGAUGUCGUCGUCGAUACGUCCGCCAGUCGUGAUGCUUGCGGGACGCCAGGCACUCCAAGAUCAUCGACAGUCAUCAACCUCACUGACUCACCCGUUGGUUCCCACACUGGUGUCAUGAAUCCAGAUCUGCGCGAGACUCAAUCACAUCCGACAAACGAACGGGAGAUCAGCAAAGAUCUAUACCGUGUCCCUGACAGCCCAGACCCGCACAUCCUGCCUCAACCGGAUCAACCCACAUUUGCAGUCAUGUCCACAGGUAUUGGAAGUGAUGGUCGCCAAGUCGCCCCCGUUGCCAACAUGGAGCCAUUGACCAAGGGGCCGAGAGGUGACACUACAACCUCUACCCGUCACAUGUCGUCAAAGAGAGCCGGAAAACAGCCUGCUGGUCCAAGGACAAGUAGAGUCUCACCCCGUAAGCGGAAGCUGCGCAACAUGACCGGUCGUGCGACAGAAGAGGAAGUUUCGGUAGCGCUUCAGUCUCCGGGGCGCAACCCUAGUCCAGAGGUUGUUGUCGAAAACAUUGCUCCAGCUGAAACAAACAGCGCGGUCACUUCUGACAUCUUACCCCCUUGGACUCAAAGACCAGCAAACCGGUUCAGGGCCACUGUGAGCGGGGUGACAGAUGAAGACGUAUCUGUAAACGGCUUUAUACAUCAGCUGAACACGGAGCCUGGGCUUGACGCAACCGAACCAAGCAACAGUACCAACCAUGCGGGGCCUUCGACAAAGGUGACGCGGGCUGAGGCAGCUCCUCAGCCCUCAAUUGAGGUGGAGUCUGUCACAAGGCAGUCAUCUCCAGUUUCUCUGUUCACCUUGCUCGCCGACGUAUUCCCGCCUGAAGGCAGGAAGGUGGUUGAUGAAAGGCCCGCUGAGAACAAGGAUGCACCCCAGGCGCCGCCGGUAGGGCCAGCCCGGGUCGAGUUUCUGUAUCGCGUGGUCUGUCGUUAUCCCGAGCACCAAAGCUUUUCCUGGAAGCCAGAGGGGAGCUUCCGGAGCAAGACGCUCUCCAGGCUGGAGGAGGAGCUUCCAAUACACCUGGAAUGGUCUCAAUUCCAGCACUUGCACUUUCGGGUGACCGCUCCGAACGCGCGAGCCGAACACUUGGUCUGCCGCGGCAGGGAGGAUCAAUUUGAUGCUUUGAAGCGACACCUCGUUGGUUUCAUUCGAGACUGCAUUGCGGAUACACCGUGCGUUAAGACGGUGUUGGUUGAAAUUGACAUUGAGCCAUUAGCAGACGUGAAUUCGGUUAGGAAAUCGACGGACAGGGAGGUCAUGGAUUUCGACUGGUAG